AUGCCUUAUGAAUGUAAAGAAUGUGGGAAAGCCUUUACUCAACCCUUAUCCCUCACUAUACACUUAAGAACUCACAGUGGAGAGAAGCCUUAUCACUGUAAGGAAUGUGGGAAAGCCUUUAGUCAGUCCUCAAACCUCAGUGCACAUACAAAAACUCACAAUGGGCAGAGGCCUUAUGAAUGUAAGGAAUGUGGGAAGACCUUUAGGUAUUGUUCACACCUUACUAAACAUAGAAGAAUUCACAGUGGAGAGAGACCUUAUGAAUGUAAGCAAUGUGGGACGGCCCUUACUGAUUCCUCUGCCCUCGCUACCCAUAUGCGAACUCACAGUGGAGAGAGGCCUUAUGAAUGUAAGAAAUGUGGGAAGGCCUUUGGUUGUUUCUCACACCUCAUUUCACAUGUAAGAAUUCACAGUGGAGAGAGGCCUUAUGAAUGUAAGCAAUGUCAGAAGGCUUUUAUUCGUUCCUCACACCUCACUCAACAUGUAAAAAUUCACAGUGGAGAGAGACCUUAUGAAUGUAAGGAAUGUGGAAAAGCCUUCAGGUUUUUCUCACACCUCACUCGACAUAUAAGAACUCACAGUGGAGAGAGGCCUUAUGAGUGUAAGGAAUGCGGGAAAGCCUUUAGUCAGGCUUCAGCCCUCACUGCACAUAAAAGAACUCACAGUGGAGAGAAGUCUUAUGAAUGUAAGGAAUGUGGGAAAGCCUUUAGUCAGGCCUCAGCCCUCAGUGCGCAUAUAAGAACUCACAGCAGAGAGGGGCCUUUUGAAUGUAAGCAGUGUGAGAAAGCUUUUAGUCAGGCUUCAGCCCUAACUACACAUGUAAGAAUUCACAGUGGAGAGAACUUAUGA